CUAACCUGUCCCAAAACUCACUGCUCCUUCCAGAAUUCCCCAUACAACUUGUCCCACAGCUCCAGCAUCAUCUCCUUCUUGCACCCUUCCCACAGUCCUCCAAGUUCCUUCACCUAAGACAGCCUUCUUCCAUGGCGACCAUAGCAACCAUGGCCAUGCUUCAUGCCAAAUGCCUCAGCAUCAACUCACCCUCCAACCACCUCAACCCUUCAAAGCCAGCAAUGAGAAAGCCCAUAUCCCUCCUCUCGCUUCCAACACUCCCAAAAGGACUCCCAACCUGCAAACCGGCAACAACUCCCGGCCCUUCUUCCCUUACCGCCGCUGCCAUCGCCGGAGCCAUCUUUUCCACCAUGAGCAGCUCCGACGCAGCCUUGGCAGCGCAGCAGAUUGCCGACAUCGCCGAGGGCGACAACCGAGGCCUUGCAAUUCUGAUUCCCAUAAUACCGGCCGUUGCUUGGGUCCUCUACAACAUCCUCCAGCCUGCGCUCAACCAGCUCAAUAGAAUGAGGAGCGAGAAGGGAGUCGUCGUGGGGCUUGGGCUCGGCGGGGGACUGGCAGCGGCCGGGUUCAUGUCGACGCCCAGCGCGUCGGCUGGCGAGGUCAUGAUGAUCGCCGAUGCCUCUUCCUCGAGUGAUAGCAGGGGGCUGCUUCUGUUGUUUGUGGUGGCUCCGGCCAUUCUUUGGGUCCUCUACAACAUCCUUCAGCCGGCGCUGAACCAGAUCAAUAGAAUGAGGUCCGGCUAACUGUGCUUUUUCUUUCUAUGUGUGAAGAAGGUGGUGGUAAUAUUGCACUUGUUCAUGGGUACCGAAAUUUUGUGUUCUAUGAUGAUUAUUAUUUGAAAUGUUCUAUGGCUUCUAGUCCUAUGGAAUUUGUAUAUAAUUAAGUAACAUCUAAGUUGAUGUUACAGUGUAGACGGUUUUAUUUGAAUCACUCAAAGUAGAAGUCACCCUAUAGAUAGAAGGGAAAGAGGGAGAUUGGUGAUUGCAAUGAAGUAAUACUUCUUUUUUA